AUGUUUGAUAUAAGUUCUUCUAAUUUGUUAAUUAGCGUAUUGGUAGUUCUUUUCGCCAAACAAUUGAUCAACGCAGUUGGUAAAGCUACGUUGGAGAAUAUAGGAUGGUCAGCAUACUGUAAGGUUGCACCAAAGUUAGGAGACUCCAAGUUCAUUGCGUUAGACCAGAAGAAUGUUGAGUUAGCGAAGGUAUCCAAGGAGAGGAAGUCAAUAAGUGCCCAGGAUCAAUAUGCCAGAUGGACCAAAUUGAAUCGUCAGUUUGACAAGCUUACAGGGGAGAUCAAUAAGUUGAAAGAAGAAACGUCUGCAUCCAGAAGCUACAUUAGCAAGUAUAUUGGAUAUAUGAUACUUGUCACCACGACAUUGCCUAUCUGGUUUUUUAGAGUGUGGUUCAGAAAGGCCGUUUUGUUUUACUUUCCUACCGGAGUGUUACCACACUACCUUGAAUGGUUUUUGGCCUUGCCAUUUAUUACCACUGGUGGUGUGGGCUUAACUAUAUGGAUGAGUGCUGUCAACAACGUCGUUUCUUCUGUUAUUUUUUUGGUUAAAUUCCCCUUUGAGAAGGAGGUCCCAUUUCCAUCGAAAGAAGUCGGCAACGAGAAAACGUCAAUAAAUAAAGAAGAGGUAUCGGGAACGCCAGCUGCAAAUUAG